AUGAGUCAUGUACAGCUAUCAGUAGGCUCGGAAUGCUGGGUAUCAAAUGAUGAAGGAUGCUGGGAUCCUGCAGACAUAAUUGAUUUAAAAGAUAAUGGAGGAGGUAAAUGCGUCGCUACUGUCAAGAAGCCCAAUGGAGAGUUGGACGCAACCAAAUAUCAAUCUUUACAGCCGAGGAAUCCAAGCGUUAAUGAAGCACCUAUAGACUUAACUACCUUAACGUAUUUGAAUGAACCGUCGGUCCUUCAAGCAUUGAGGUAUCGAUACGAAAAUCAAAAUAUUUAUACAUUUUCAGGCAUAGUCCUUGUGUCUGUGAAUCCAUACCGACUACUUUCAGGACUCUACAAUGAAUCCGUUAUUAAACGAUAUCACGAAAAUCAGGAGUGUACGAAAGAACCACAUCUAUAUUCCAUCGCCAGUGCAUGCUAUAGUGCUUUAACUAAUGACAAUGAAAAUCAAACAAUUAUUGUCUCGGGUGAGUCAGGUGCUGGUAAAACUGUAGCAGCCAGAUAUAUUAUGCGAUACUUGACUUCUGUACAGGCUUUGGACAAGACCAGUUCGAAACGGUCAGUAGAAAAUCAGGUACUUGCUACGAAUCCAAUUAUGGAAGCCUUCGGAAAUGCAAAAACCAUUCGUAAUGAUAACUCUUCAAGGUUUGGUAAAUACGUGACGAUAUCAUUCAACGAAGAGGCGGCUAUAACAGGAGCGAAUGUAAGUACAUAUCUCUUGGAAAGAUCUCGUGUUACAUCUUCUCCUCUUGGUGAACGGAAUUACCAUAUAUUUUACCAAUUACUUGCAGGAUGUACGAAUGAACAAAGAGAAAGGUGGUAUUUGGGAGUACCUUCCGAGUUUAAAUAUUUAUCACAGGGAAACUGCAUCAAUGUAGAAGGUGUCAAUGACAAUGACGAGUUCACUACAACAGCGAGUGCCCUUUCCACUGUUGGAAUUUUAGAAAAUCAGCAAGAGGAGGUUUAUAAGUUACUUGCCGCAUUACUGCAUCUCGGUAAUAUUGCCAUCGUUACCAGUCGUAGCGAAGCUACAAUCAAAAGUGAUGAUAAAUAUUUAUGUUAUGCUUCUCAACUUUUAGGAGUUAAUCCUUCUCAGUUAGCCAAAUUGUUGUCCAAAAAGAUGUUAAAGACUCGGUCGGAAACGAUAGUAACCUCAGCUUCCUACGAACAUGUGCUUAGCACUAGAGAUUCGGUAGCUAAAUAUCUUUAUUCGACGUUAUUUUCAUGGGUUGUACAUAUGAUCAAUGCAUCAUUAGAUCACUCAAAGGUGAAAAGAUCUGCAUCAAAGCAUAUCGGUGUUGUUGACAUCUAUGGUUUUGAACAUUUUGAGAGGAACUCUUUGGAGCAAUUUUGCAUCAAUUACGCAAACGAAAAGCUUCAGCAGGAAUUCAACAAGCAUGUUUUCAAACUCGAACAAGAGGAGUAUUUUAGGGAAGGUCUUGACUGGAGGCUUAUUGAUUAUGCUGAUAACCAAGGCUGUAUUUCUUUAAUUGAGGAUAACCUUGGAGUAUUAUCUUUGCUAGAUGAAGAAUGCAGACUUCCUUCUGGAACAGAUGAAUCCUUUUUACAAAAAUUAAACAAUCAAACUCCUCAAAAGCAUCCACUUUUCUACAAAAAAUCACGCUUCAGUGAUGGGUCUUUUACAAUCAAGCACUACGCUUCUGAUGUUACCUAUCAGGCUCAUGAUUUCUUAGCCAAAAACUCGGAUUCCCUACCGGUUGAAAUUAUAAAUAUAUUGAAGUCAUCUGAAAACCAGUUUGUAGCCUAUCUUUUGGACUAUGGGAGUCAAUCCGUUGACGCUCAAAAUAGUGCUACAAAAAAGAGGAUUAAUAAUAAAAAGCCAUCACUAACAUCAAUGUUCAGAACAUCGCUGUCGCAUUUAAUGCAUACUAUCUCAGCUACGAAUGUGCAUUACAUUAGGUGCAUAAAGCCAAAUGAGGAAAAAACAUCUUGGUCUUUUUCCGCACCUCUAGUUUUGAGUCAAUUGCGGGCGUGCGGUGUUUUUGAGACAAUUCGUAUUUCCUCUUUAGGAUUUCCAAAAAGGUUUUUCUACGAUGAAUUUACUAAACGAUUCCGAGCACUCGUAUCUGCUCGAGACUGGGAUCAGGAUUCUAAAAAGCUUUCUUUACAGAUUAUAUCUACUGUACUACCAACUACUAAUAGCGAUGAUUAUUUUCAAUUUGGCAAAUCAAAAAUCUUCUUUCGGUCGGGCGUAAUAGGACUAUACGAGGCUCGCCGUCGAGAAGUAUGCAGCAAAUCUGUGACAUUAUUACAGUCCGCCAUUAGAGGAUCCAAUGCUCGAAAAAAGUACCAGAAGAUAAUAGAGUAUAUCAUAGGUAUUCAAUCCCUAUCUAGGGGAAAAUUGGUGAGAGAACGCUUCGAAAGAAGAAAAAAAGAAAUGGCUGCUAUUAUGAUUCAAAAUAUUUGGAGAACCUAUUCCCAAAGGAAAAAAUUCAUUGCUUUCAAGAGGUUAAUCACAAGUUAUCAAGCCAUUGGACGUGGUUAUUUACUCAGGAUAAACUAUGACAGAUUACUUCGUAAAUAUGCAGGUUCCGUAGUUGUAAUGAACUGGAGAUCUUAUCAUGCCAGAACUACGUUCCGAAAUUAUAAGAUGUCAAUUAUUGGUUUUCAAUGUAUUGUUCGAUCGGUCUUAACUCGCCGUUAUUUACGCCAGUUGAAAGACACGGCGGGGAGGUCUACCAUUUUGUUGGAAAAAAGGAAAAAGCUCAGAAAGUCUGUUGAUGAAGGAUCUUCGAUGUUAGAAAAUGCUACCAAGGAAGUGGUUGGUUUACGAAAUAAACUCUCUGAGAUGACUAAAUCACUCAAACGAUGGAAAAACCUAUUUGCUGAUCCUGAAUUAAAAAAUGGUAGCAAUUCUGAUAAUCAUAAGCAGGUGAGUGAGCACUCACAAAUCUCAGAACUCUUGCACGGGGAAAUAAAGUUACGACAAGCAGCUCUACAACUUUCAGCUGCCGCGUCGAAAUCCGACACAGUGUUCAUAAAAUCUCAACUUGCUCGUGAUAAUCUUAAUGCUUACUUCAAUGUCCUUAAGAAAACUGCAUCCAUGAAGUCCGAUUAUGAUACUAAAGGCCUGAACUCGCGCAACAUAUUUUAUACUCGAGAGCAAUAUCUCAAAUAUCAUUCCACACUAACGUUCCUUCCUGGUCAUGAUUGGAAGAAUGCCGAAGAAAGAUAUAACCUAAAAGGGCUUGAGACAUCGUUGAAGUCGAAGCUGCUGCAUUGUAAAAAAGACAUCCAAUCAACCUUGGUCUCAGAUGGGUUUCUUGCUGUUUUAGAGCGCUAUAACAAGAAGUAUAUCGAAAAUCAAUCGGUGGGAGAUUCGCUAGUGUUUGGGGGAAUUAUUAACUUUUUAAUUUACUCUGGUUGUAUUUACUCCCUGAAAGAAGAACUUGAUGUCUUUAUUUUGAAGUUGAGUGGUUGCAUAUCUUCCAUUGCUGAAUUGUCUGAUCCUUGUUUGUACGACCCAAAUACGUCUACUAAAUUCCAGGUAGAAUAUUCUGCAUUUUGGCUUUCAAACAUUCAUGAAGUUCGUUCUUUUAUCACAUAUUUGCAAUCUCUUUGCGAAAAAGACCUUUUUACUCGAAAAGAUGAAACUUACUGGAAUGGUUCGUUUUCAAAGCUUUCCAAAAUCAUGCUAGAAGCCGAAGGAUCACUUUUCCUUUAUUUACGAAAAUCCGCUAGUGAUUUUAUAAAAGACUCUUCCGAGGCUAUAUUAUGUUCACGACUUCUUGCUGAUCUCCUGGAUACAAACAUUGAAAUGGAGAAACCCCCUAAAUCAAAUAUGCAUCUACUGAUUGAAAAACUUAAUUAUGCGUAUGAUCUUAUAUAUAAAUCAUCUCUACAAGAAGCUCCUUUAAAAGAAAUAACAACCUUAAUCUUGCAAGAUAUUGGAGAGAAAGCCUUUUCAAAGUUAAUUAACGGAUGCACAUGCUACACGUGGAAAGAUGGCUCUCAAAUAUCAUACAACACUUCUCUCCUUAUAAAUUGGUGUCAUCAAAAAGGACUGAGUUAUAGUAAUACUUCACUCCUUCCUUUAAUGCAAUCUUCUCUGCUUUUCUCUUUGCGUAAAAAAGACGAACAAGAUUUCAAAAUUAUUCUUUCCGUUUGCAAUUUGCUCUCUCCUUACGAGAUCAUUUGCUUGCUCGAUCAUUAUCGUCCUAGUACGGGGGAAGAGCAAUUACCGAAGGCUUUUCUAAAAGCUGUUGAGCAAGCUGCACGCAUCGUUAAACCUGGUGAAAUUAGAAGAAGAAUCAAUUCUGUUGGUUUUAUACCGGCUUCCUCUAAUUUUUUAGUUUUACUAGAGGAAAAUCGAAUCUAUGAUGAACUCCAACUCUCCGGAAUGAUUAAAGAAAUGAAGCAGAACAUAGCAUGA